UACGCCAAGGAUCCAGUGCGCUUCGGUCCGGGUGAGAGCUUUGUGUUAACUUGCUGUCUGUUGAAUUUGCUGACACGGUCUUGGUGAAUUGGCCCGGUUGAGAUCUUGCUGCGGGAUGGGAUUUGACGAUUUGUCGUGUUAGCAUAUUGGUGUGUGAUUUGUCGAAAUUGCCGUGCGUGUUAACUUGCUACCGUGGUACUCUUCCAGAAAUGACAGAGGGUUGUGGAAUACUAGUAGUCGUGUUAGGAUCUUGCUGUGGAAUUCAUUGUUUCUCGUGCUGAUCCAUAUUGCUAUUUGAAAGGUUUCUGAACGUUUUGAAUAAAACAUUCGCUGGAAGCAACAAUAGUGUUACUUGAAGCAGCUGUUUCUAUGAAAGGAGGACCGACGGCUGGCUGAAUCCAUGGAAUUGGUGUUGAGCUAAUCACCAACACAUACCAACAUGAAACGGACGAUCCUUGACCGUCUCGUGAUGCUGCGAGGAUACAUUUGGUUGGUCCUAACGCUGUACCUCGUCCACUCCUCUCAGGAAAACGUGAACAGGAACGGCUGUCCCACGCCCUGUAGCUGUACCAUCGUACAACUAGUUCAGCCUGACCAACAGCAAGCCAUCGUAGACCUCCAGUGCCAGAAUCGAGACAUUGACAUGAUACUCCCGAACUUUCACAGCCUGACGAAAUGGGACAUGAACUUUACUGUUGACAAGAUACUGCUGGAUCAAAAUUACAUGCGGACCAUACCGGCAAACAUUUUCAAAGAUUUGACAAUUCGUUCAAUAUCCUUUGAAGGCAACCCUUUAAACUUCGUACACCCCGAUGCUUUUGCAGGAACAAGGGGAAUAACGGAUUUAAAUUUCAAUGAGUGUAACUUAACCUCAGUGCCAAACAUUUUCAAACACGUGCCUGAUAUUCAAACAUUAGAAUUAAGAGGAAAUAAGCUAAAGUUUAUCGAGAAGGGGUCAUUUGAACCUAUUUUGAACUUGCGUCUAAUCGACCUGUCGCAUAACUUCAUCGAAAAUUUGGAUUUUAUCAUUAACAGAUGCAGUUAUACGAAAGCAUUCACGAGUAUAGUAUUAACUGAUAAUCCGCUUAAGUGUACUUGUGACGCGUAUGAGUUGGUGAAGUCGAGAACAGUUCAGUUAGUAGAUGGUGUGUGUGCCGCCCCCAAACUGUUUCAGGGUAUGUAUAUUGGGACGGGCACCGCCUUCGAUGAUGACGAAGACGACAGAGAUGCGUUUUCUGUGUACGGUGGACGAACGUGCCAAGACGAAUGCCCGCAUGCAAGUGGUCUGCGGUUCGAUUGCUUCCGUUCUAUAUGGACUAAUGGCGCCGAUCUAAACUGUUACAAGCGCCCUCUGUGUGUAAACGAUAAACUAAAGUGCCAAGGUGGCGCUGUUGCUAAUGUUUAUAAAACAACAGACGCUGUUAAUUACACAGAACCGGACAGUGGCGACGACGACGAUGAUGAUGAUGAUGAUGAUGAUGACAUUGAUGGCAACUAUUUAUCAAAAAAUGAAACAAGGAUAAAAAAUCGGCCAUCGUAUUUAUUAGAAAAGAUGAGAUUCCAACAUGCUGAUCAUUAUAACAAAUCUGGUGCUACAAACUUGUUUCGGUCAAGUGACCAAUCAAGCUGCUUUAUGGUAAUAUUAGCUUCAUUUGCAUAUUGUUCUUUUUUAUAGAAGUUUAUAUUUGAAUACGACAAUAGCUACUGUGAACGCGCCUCUGUGCCGCCCACCAACAGCGUCAAUAAAAUCAUACCACAUG